AUGCGAACCAUCUUGCAGCCAGACCUCACGUCUACUCGGCUGGAAUUAGUUGAUCGACCGGUCCCUAUCGCCAACCCCGAGGCUGACGAGCAUCUCAUUCGCGUGCAUUGCACGGCCCCUUGUGCCGGCGAGCUCUUCUGGCCAUCGAUAGUCUCGGUGCCCGACAAGGAACCGGUGCCCUGCGACGACGUGGCCGGCACCGUCGUAACGGCACCGCCCAACUCGCCCUUUCGACCUGGGGACGAGGUCUACGCGCGCAGUAACUACUUCCGCCCCGGAUGCGCGCGCGACUAUACGGUAAUCGUGACGGAUGAGCUGGCGCACCGGCCGCAGAAUAUCAGUUGGGUUGAAUCGGCUGCCACGCCACUCUCCGCCGAGACGGCCUGGCAGGCGCUGUUCGAACAGUCAGGCAUUGGUGGCAUCGACAGCGAGGCUUGGAAGAACAAGCGCAUUCUAGUAACGGCAGCGUCGGGUGGCGUAGGCACCUGGCUGCUGCAGUUGGGGCGCCUCGUGGGCGCGCAGGUAAUCGGCACUUGUGGGCCAAAGAAUGUGGAAUUGGUCAAGGCCUUCGGGGCCGCUGAGGUCCUCAAUUAUCGCGCCGAUUCGCUUAAGGAAUGGGGCCAGAAUGAAGCGAACAAGGUUGACUUGGUCGUUGACUGCGUCGGGGGGAAGUCGCUCGAGGACGCCUGGUGGUGCGUUCGAGAUGGCGGCGUCCUUAUCAGUAUCUACCAGCCUCCAGAUAAAUUGCGCCCGAAUGAUGUCAACGUAAAGGACGUGAAGGACAUAUUCUUCAUCAUGAAGCCACGCCGGUCGGAUUUGGAGGAAAUCACCAAAUUGGUGGAGGCAGGCAAGUGCCGUCCACUGGUCGACAGCGUGUGGCCAUUGGAGCAGUUUCAGGAGGCCUUCGAUCGCCUGGGAAGUGGCCACGCGCGAGGAAAAGUAGUGCUGGAUCUGAUGCUGAACGUGCCCCGAGAUUAA